AUGAUCAAGUCGAUUCCAGGGGUCAUUGCCGUUUAUCCGGUGUACUCUAUUCCUGGUCCUGAGUCAUUGACGGAAUACAUUCAAUCUAAAAGUAGAGACAACGAUCCAACUGCUCCAGUUAUUGCACAUGAUUUGACAGGAGUGGGAAAUGUUCAUGACCAAUUGAAAAAUUUUGGAAAUGGUGUUCGGGUAGCUGUAAUCGACACGGGUAUUGAUUAUAAACAUCCUGCUCUGGGAGGAUGCUACGGACUAAAUUGCAAAGUAGCAUUUGGUCUUGAUUUAGUUGGUGAUAACUUUAGUUCUCUCAAUCCUGUACCAGUUGAGGAUAAUGAUCCAAUUGAUAAUUGUUCGGACAGCUCCCAUGGCACUCAUGUUGCUGGAAUUAUUGCUGCCAAUGCAACAGAAAUAAAUGAAACCGGUUUCAUUCCUUUCCAGUCAUUUGUUGGUGUCGCUCCUCAAGCCAUUCUUGGAUCGUUAUACGUCACAUUUUCCUUUGGCAAUCGCGGAAGUCAAGGUCUUCAAACAGGUGGAAGUCCAUCUAUUUCUGCAGGUGCCAUAGCUGUUGCUUCAUUAGACAAUUUACGUGCUCCUCGGUACUAUCUAUUCACUCCUGAUGAUGAGAAAAUUUUCUAUUUACCUGGUGCUGCUUUUGGUGGUUGGCAAUCUGUUGUACAGUCGGAGGUCGUGGUGAAUAGUAAGUAUCUUUUUAAAAUUAACUAUUGAUUAUAAUUUUCUGUCAAAACUAAUCUUACCUACAAGAUAUGACAAACGAUGGCUGUUCUGAUCCACUAAAGAAUGUGACUGGCGCUGUUGUAUUGUUUGCUUUCAGAAAUGCAGAUAGCUGUACUUCUGCUGAUCGAUGUAAUAGAGCGGCAAGAGCUGGAGCAACAGGUUGUUUGAUAUACAAUGUGGGCAGUAUUACAGGUAUUUGAGUAAACAUCCAUUUAUUCUCUUAUUCAGCAUAGCUUUCAGGUUCAUCAUCUAUUCCAAGUGGAAGCAUCAGUAACAGCGACGGUUUGAAGAUUAUUGAAAUCGUGGCUAAAAAUCAAUCAUCAUUAUUUACGUUUACAAAUUUACUAGACCUUGCUGAGCUUGUGAGUCAGUAGAAUUCGUAUUAAUAGUAAUGGUUGAUUUCUUAAGAAAACAUACAUUUGAAAUCAAUCUCUAAUACUAUGAAAAUUUCUGUAGAACUUAUCGAAUAGAGUCGAACUUUAAGAGCCAAUUGAUAUUCGUUUUACGCGAAAACUAUCCGAUAUGAUUGUUUGCUUCAAGGCUAGAAUUAUUUUCUUUGUUAGUAGCGCUUUUCUUAAAAUAAUAGAAUAUUUCCAAAGUAUUAAUCUUUCUAAUUGUCUUAUAAAUGAACUAAUUUAUUUCACGAAUAACUUAUUUAGGAGAUGUUCGAGUGUAAUACUUCGAAAAAUCAUUAGAGAAUAAAACUACUUUCUCCAUCUUGUGAUAAUUUCGAAUGUCUUUUAAACAAUAGCAGAUUCGAAUAGAAGUCGACAUUGUAAAAUACCUUUUACAAAUCGACGAGAUACUAAUUUUCUUUUCUAUUAAUGUGCAGCCGACAGGAGGAACGCCGUCGAGUUUCUCAUCAAUUGGUCUCACUGGUGACUUGUUGUUCAAACCACAAAUUAGUGGCAUUGGUGGUUAUGUUUACUCAACUAUUUCAUCUUUUACUGCUAAGAACCAAAACCUUUCUGCCGCUUAUGCUGUCAAGUCAGGUACAAGUAUGGCAACUCCCUAUGUUGCUGGGUACGUAUGUAGAAUUUUUUAGACAACUUUUAUAUUGAUCUCAUUUCUCAUUCAAAAUUCAGCAUGACUUCAGAUAUAGAUGCAUACAAAGAUAAUUCCUUGUGUCAUAUUAUUAUUAUAGAUGCUCCCUACUAAGAAUAGUCAAGCAUUUUCUCUUAUAAUCUUUUGGUUCAUUUACUACGUAGCUGUUGACAAGAUUAAUUAAUUACAUUAUCGUCAAAGCUUUCAUCCAUGUUUUUCCAGAAAACAAAUACUGAAAAAUUGACUUCAGGGUGUGAAAAUGGGUUAAUAUCUUUUAUUUGAGCACCUUACAUAGCUAUACCAAUUCGAUCACUUAAUUUAUAUAACGGAUAUGAGCAAACAAGUUUGCUGCUUUAUUUUCUAAUUAUGCUGAAGAUGUUUGCCUAUUGCUUAAGAGAGCGUCCACCAUAGGAUCGAGAAACCCCAUACUCUCGAAAAUUGUCACCCUCUCAUUUUAUUAAUGGAAUCGAUAGCCCAUGAGGUGAAACUACUAAACCCAAAAUAUUAGCUCGAUUAAUCAUAUAACAAGAAAGUUAUGAGGACUACACUGACGACUACUGAGUGAUUUAGUCAAAAUCCGAACUUUUUAGUGUGAUACCCACAUCUCCGGCAAAACGUAAUCGAUUCCUCAACAAUCAUAUAGCAUUCGAUGGCUCUUCGAACGCUCUACAAAACUAGGUAUAUGACAGGAUAAAAUCAAAUAUUCAGAUAUGACUUUCGAUCAAAAUACUGAAAUAUGACCAUCAACCAAAAAUCAAUAUUUGACAAAUAACCUCUCCAAAUUAGUUCAUCCCAGAAAUUCGGACCGUGCGUUGGAUAGAGCAAUAAAAAAUCUACAAAAUUAACCUAAAAGAAAAUUUUUUUAACCCGUAAAAAAAGAUUUUUUUAAACAUUUUUGUGUCAAAACUCGUGAAAAGUGCUGCUUUUCGCUUAAUUUUGGACUUUUUUGUGUGCUCUACAUACUAAUUAAGUUAAAGUAAAUAUGAUAUUCGGAAUCAGCAUCAAAAACUGAGUCGACUAAUAUAUGUUUCAAACAUAUUCGCGAACAUUUUUUUUCAUCCCAAAACUUCACCCCUGGUCCCCCUCAAGGUAGUUGCCUCAAAAAAAUAUAUUUCAUCAAAAAGUUAUUUUGUCAGUAGGAAACAAGUUCUAUGCUUGUAAAAUGAUACAAAAACACAAAAUGGCAGAUGACUAAGCAAUAAAAACAGCGUUUUGAUGAAAUAUUUUUUUUUUGAGGCAACUACUUUGAGGGGGACCAGGGGUGAAGUUUUGGGAUGAAAAAAAAUGUUCGCGAAUAUGUUUGAAACAUAUGUUAGUCGACUCAGUUUUUGAUGCUGAUUCCGAAUAUCAUAUUUACUUUAACUUAAUUAGUAUGUAGAGCACACAAAAAAGUCCAAAAUUAAGCGAAA